UUCUGGAAAAACUGAUGCGCGUAUGUCCACGCAUCGCUGCCAUUUAUAUACUAAUUCGUCCAAAAACGAACGAAACGAUAGAAGAACGAUUUAAGAAGAUCAUGGAUGAUCCCGUUCAUUUAUGAUGGCAUUAAAGCAAAGAACCCCUCACUUUUCAGCAGAGUUUAUGCCGUGAAAGGUGACGUGAGUCUGCCGGAUUUAGGUGUUUCGCAAGAAGAUAGAAGUCUGUUGCUAGAGAAAGUAAACAUAGUGUUUCACGCCGCGGCCACUGUGAGGUUCAACGAGCCGUUACACGUCGCUGUCAAUGUGAAUACGAAAGGUACCGCUCGUGUCGUCCAACUUUGGAACGAACUAAAGCAUCCAAUAGGCUUUGUCCACGUUAGCACAGCUUAUAGUAAUGCGAACCUAGAUGAGAUUGAGGAAAAAGUUUAUACUACGAGCUGGAAUCCUUCAGCGGUAAUCGAUAUGUGUGACAAACUCGAUAAAACUUCGAUAAAGCUAAUGGAAAGUAGCAUUUUAAAAACUUAUCCAAAUACUUACACAUUCAGUAAGAAUUUAGCAGAACAGAUUGUAGCAAACAAGUGCAAAGAUCUGCCGGUUGCGAUAGUGCGGCCAAGCAUAAUUGGUGCCUCUAUGGAAGAACCAUGUCCUGGUUGGCUGGAGAAUAUUUCUGCAAUAACAGGUAUUCUUCUGCUAACCAGUAGAGGAUGUGUAACAGCAAUACGAGGUAAGAAAGAUGCACGAUUGGAUGUCGUGCCCCUCGAUUUCGUAGUCGACGCGAUAAUAUCUAUUGCAUGGCAUGUCACGCUACAUCGAGAGCACAAAGUUAAAAUUUACAACUGCACGAGUAACGCUAAUCCUUUUAGGUGGGGUCAGUUGCAACAGCUCGUGUUGAAGUAUAGCAGAGAAAUGCCAAUGAACGAUACGCUAUGGUACCCGGGUUGUCCAAUGAUAGCUAAUAAAUAUAUUUUCGACGUUCUGAGUGUAAUUCCGUAUGUUUUGCCUGCUUUCAUCAUAGAUAUAUUUUUAAGACUGCGAGGUAGAAAACCAAUAAUGAUAAAACUUUUAAAACAUGGCAACCAGCUGUUUACAUCGGUGUCAUAUUUUACUACGAAUGAAUGGACCUUUCAAAGGGAUAACUGUGCCGACUUGGCGAGGAAGGUGAAAAUGUUGAAUGACAGCGAUAUGGUUAAGAUAGAUUUACGGGAUAUGAAUUGGGACAAGUAUGUUGCAACUUACCUGAUGGGAAUUAGGACAUUUAUUUUAAAGCAAGAGUUUAAGUCAACAGCCCGAGAACGAUUAUUAAGGUUGUACUGGAUACAUCAGAUCACUAAAAUGUCCGGUAUAAUGAUCUUACUAUUGAUAAUAUGUUGUAUCGUAUAUGUACUGACUAUUUGAACGUUAUUUUGUCUGUUUAAACCAGAGGAACAUAAAUACAAUUUUAUGAAGAAGGGAUUCGUCAUCCUUUUCAACUUCGUGAUUGCUGGGUUAUAUCUUUUAUGAGGUCUAUUGGGUGUUUCCUUUUUAGCCUUCUUGCGAUGUUUGUUGUGUUGUUUGUUUCCGCUGCCAGCUGGUUCGGGUGUGUUUCUAUUCUUUCUCUGUAUCUUGUUGCGAGUCUGUUAAUCUCCUCCUUGACCGUUGGUAUUCCCAGGUCUUUCCGUAUGUCCUCGUUUCUAACGUACCAUGGGGCGUUUACUAUCGUUCUAAGAAUUUUGGCUUGCGUUUCGAUUUUGGUUAUAUGGCUCAUUGCUGCUGUUCCCCAUAGUGGAAUUCCGUAUGUCCAGAUUGGUUUUAUGAUUAUUUUGUAUAUUUUUAGUUUGUUUUCUGUGCUUAGUUUGGAUUUUCAGCUUGUUAACCAGUGCAUUUGUCUCCUUGCUGUCUGUAUUUUGUCUAUUAUUGAUUUGAUAUGCUGUUUCCAUGUGAAAUGUGUAUCUAUCACCAUAUAAAUAUCUAUAAGAAACAAAAUAUGUUAUGCUACAUUAACCCCCUCCCUUGCUUCCUCCCGGUCAACCUAAAUUCGAGUUCAAACACGCGAUAUUCGCCGACAAAGAAAUUCUACAAGAAACAAAAGAUUCCUUUGAAGCUCAUGCGAAGUUGCGCAGAAUCCCGAAAUGUAAUCUACUUGUGUCUUCAAAAUCGAGGUACAUAUACAUUAUUACAAUUUUCUUAUUUAGUCAUUGUAAUUUUCAUACGAUAUUAAAAUAAAUGAUACUUUAAACAUGUUAAAAUAUUCAAAAUGUUUGUCACUAGUAGUUUCAUAAA